UUUAUCGAACCAAAGUGUGCUUCUGUUUCCAAUUUCAACUUGCCGGCAAACAGAAAACAAACUUUCGUGACUGUGGUAACAAAACUGUUUGUUUGAUCGAUUCAACACCGCUGAUCUCCACCCCUUCAUUGAGUGAAAAGCAGCCAGCCAGGUCAGGAGGACAUACAGAGUCAUGAAGAUCGAGGAAGUCAAGAGCACCGUGCGCACCCAGCGCAUCGCAGCCCACAGCCACGUGAAGGGACUGGGAUUGGACGAGAAUGGAGCUGCCCUCCAGAGCGCCGCCGGUCUGGUGGGUCAAAAGGCAGCCCGCGAAGCGGCCGGCAUCGUCGUGGAUUUAAUCAAGUCGAAGAAAAUGGCAGGGCGAGCUCUGCUUCUCGCCGGGCCCCCGGGAACCGGAAAAACAGCCAUUGCCCUGGCAAUUGCGCAGGAGCUGGGCAACAAAGUACCCUUCUGCCCGAUGGUCGGCUCUGAGGUCUUCAGCAACGAAAUCAAAAAGACCGAGGUCCUAAUGGAGAACUUCCGCCGCUCCAUCGGCUUGCGCAUCCGCGAGACCAAGGAGGUGUACGAGGGCGAAGUGACCGAACUCACACCCGUGGAAUCAGAGAAUCCCAUGGGCGGCUAUGGUAAGACCAUUAGCAACGUGGUCAUUGGCUUGAAAACCGCCAAGGGAACCAAGCAGCUUAAGUUGGACCCCAGCAUCUUUGAUGCUCUCCAAAAGGAAAAGGUCGAAGUGGGCGAUGUCAUCUACAUAGAAGCCAACAGCGGUGCUGUGAAGCGCCAAGGACGCAGUGACACCUAUGCCACAGAGUUCGACCUGGAGACGGAGGAGUAUGUGCCCCUACCGAAGGGAGAUGUCCACAAGAAGAAGGAGGUGAUUCAGGACGUGACUCUGCAUGACCUGGACGUGGCCAACGCUCGUCCGCAAGGCGGCCAGGACGUGCUCUCCAUGAUGGGCCAGCUGAUGAAGCCCAAGAAGACCGAAAUCACCGACAAGCUGCGCAUGGAGAUCAACAAAGUGGUGAACAAGUAUAUUGACCAGGGCAUAGCGGAGCUCGUGCCCGGCGUUCUCUUCAUCGACGAGAUCCACAUGCUGGACCUCGAGACCUUCACCUAUCUGCACAAGUCCCUGGAGUCGCCCAUAGCUCCCAUUGUUAUAUUUGCCACCAAUCGCGGGCGCUGCGUCAUUCGUGGCACCACCGACAUCAUAUCGCCUCACGGCAUUCCGCUGGACCUGCUGGACCGUCUGCUCAUCAUCCGCACUUUGCUGUACUCCACGGCCGACAUGGAGCAGAUCAUCAAGCUGCGCGCCCAGACCGAGGGCCUGCAACUGGAGGAGACCGCCUUCGGGCGCCUCAGCGAGAUCGGAACCAGCUCCACGCUGCGCUACGCCGUCCAGCUGCUGACCCCCGCCCACCAGAUGUGCAAGGUCAAUGGGCGCAACCAGAUCACAAAGGACGACAUCGAGGACGUGCACUCGCUGUUCCUCGACGCCAAGCGCUCCUCGAAGCACCUCUCUGAGAAGAACAAUAAGUUUAUGUUGUAAGGUUUUCACGUUCCGAUUAUAAUUCCAUUCGCACCGAUUUCAAAUAAAGAAUAUGAAUAUUAGCGGG